AGAUUAAACUGGAAGACAUAAGAAAAUUUUAAUUUUUCAAAAUGGACACUUUUCGCAUGCGUCGUUCGUCGUUUUCACGCUUCGGCUCGGUGGCCAAGCAGGAACCACUCAUUGUGGUCGAGGAGUCACAAUUAGUUGAGGAGGAUGAUCGCGAUAGUUCAGAGACCCCAUCAAACAAAGCCAGCUUGGACAUAGACUCUCCCGUGAAUCCAUAUUUGCUCUCACCAUGGCGUGAUCCACGUGAAAGUCGAAAACAUUCACUACCCUCACAGCAGGUCACCGAAGGCAUCACUGCUAGUCAGGUGCGCCGCCUGUCAGAGCGCGGCGGUGAAGGCUCCGGUCCUUCACCCAAGGAAGCGGCAUUCCUCGCCACGCUCUCACAGGCGCCAGCACCGUCCGGAAGACGUCAUUCUGUGGUGACUAUUUCCAAAGUGCCGACCACCUUAUUUGGACGUUCGCGCCGUGAAUCAGUGGCCGCCUAUCCAUCCGGAAGCAGUCGUGUACUAAACUCACGCCGCGAGAGCAAAACCUCCACUGGUCCACCAUCCACAGAUCCCAUUGGCAGCAUACACAAUCUACAAUUAGACAUAAUGGAUGAUAUUGUACAGUCGCGUAAAGCGCGCAUGAAACUUUGGAAUACGAGCAGCGAGAAGGUGUGCGAGGUACAAACUUUGGACGAAGUCGGCGGUGGUACACCACAGCGCUACACGAAUCGACGUUACUCCGAAUGCGUUUCAGGUGGCACCUCACCAGCGCCAAAUAUGCGACGCGCCUCCGAAAAUCCAGCCAUACUCUCACCCUGUAUCCUACAGCCGGGCAGUAAUCGUUCGUCGACAAAACGUAAGAAGAGCGGUGGGCUCUUAAAUACUUCAUUCUUCAGCACGCUCACCUCGUCAGCCAUCGAGAUCAACAAAUGUGAAGACAUAAUACCAACCGUAGUGUUGCCACCCACCACAACCACCAGCGCCACGGGUGCCACAGCUAAAACUAAACCAGCGACUGGUGGCCUAACAGCUCCAACAGGCGCUUCAGCAACCAGUAGCUCCACAUCUAAUCUACUCGAUCCCAAUGCGGGUCGCUCCGCACGCUCCAACAGUUUUGAUGUAUCCAUACUCAAUAACGCCAAACAGCUGGUGAGCAAUGCGCAAGACAAUAGCUCUGCCGCACUUUCCGGUUGGUUCGAGAAACGCCAUCAACCAAUGGCACGUAAGAAGAGCAUACGCAGCAAAAGCACCGCCAUGGCACUCUCCGAAGACAUGCUGAAACGUUUACAGGCGAAAGAUGUGCUGCGCGAGAGCAAACCGAAAUUGGUGCCACGCAGCAAGCAAAAAAGCUGGACGGACACAACAAAAGGCACUAUUGUCGAUGCGACUGUGAUUGGCUCGGCAAUUGAGGGUUUUCUGCGCAAAGGCUCCACUUCGGGACCGUCGGGUAGCUCGGGUAGCACACCAAAAAGUAGUAGCACAAAAACAGGCGGCCUGCUGUCGAAAGAAUCGGCUAAGCGCGGCGGGCGCAGCGCACAAAGUCAAGCAACAAAUGCGGUACGUUCGACGCUCAAUUGGUUCGGCAAGACGGACGAGGAUGACUCGAAGGACACAUGCGAAGCGUCGCUCUGUUCGACUUUGAAGGAUUUGUUCGUUAAAUAAUUAGCAGUGCGGCGGCUAUUCAAGUAAGUGCUAAUGAUUUGAGUAUUGGGGGGCAAGUGGUUGCAAGCAAGUGUGAUAUUUCGGAAAAAUAUGUAGCGGUCUACGAUGUCGAGACGAAGCGAAGAUGCAAAGAUGGAAUAAGUAGCUUAAGACUUUCUUACAAAAGUAUUACAUUCUGUUUGAUUUUGUAUAAAUUAUAAGCAGACAUUUAGAGUCUGAAGUACCUUCCGGUUCCGGUGUAGACAGAAAUAAAAAUAUACAUAAAACAUGUGUACAAACUGCAUGUACUCGCAUAUGUGUAUGUACUU